CUUUCCUCUUUUUUUCCAACUUUUGCUUUCGCCCUCUCUCUAGUUUCCUCUCCUCUUUUCUUUUUGUUGAUCUCUGACCCAAUUGUCUGUCUGUGUGCUAUCAACACCCUCACCACCACCACCACCAAGUUUACCAUCGAAAUCUCAAACAAGAUCCCUCUUCUUCUUAUUCUUCUUGUUCUUGUACCAGCAGCAGCAGCGAGGGCUAGAGCUAGAUCUACUAGUAGUGUAGGGCAUGCCAAUCAGUGGUAGCUAGCUAGAUAUAUAGGACUCUCUUCUUAAUUAGUAACACCAACACCACCGCACAGGAUUUCCAAGAUACCGACCGAGAGCUGAUCAUAUCAUCAUAUCGUUCGCGAUCAAUCGAGAAUUGAAGAUGACUCCAGCUAAUCUGGCAGGGCAGUUUGGCGACACGACUUACACCAAGGUGUUUGUUGGAGGGUUGGCAUGGGAAACCCAGAAGGAAACCAUGAAGAAAUACUUUGAACAGUUUGGUGACAUCUUGGAGGCCGUUGUUAUCACUGAUAAGGCCACUGGGAGAUCUAAGGGCUACGGAUUUGUAACUUUUCGCGAAGCCGAAGCUGCGAUGAGAGCUUGUGUGGAUGCUGCUCCCGUGAUUGAUGGGAGGAGGGCUAACUGCAACCUGGCUUCUCUUGGUGUUCAGAGAUCCAAGCCUUCAACUCCAAAGCAUGGUGGAGGAGGGGGAGGCAGGAGCUUUGGGAGGGUGGGGCCAUUCCAAACAGGGUUUGGAGGAGGAGUGGGAUCAGCUUUUCCCUCUGCAGCAACCUUCGCUCAUUAUGCCAUCCAACAAGGGAUACCUUACAAUCUUUAUGGGUACUCUUCGUACUCGCCAGACUACACUUAUCCUACGAACUACUAUGGUUUGUAUGGAGGGGCAGCAGGCCAGUAUCCUAUGUACGGGACAAGCCCUGCAACUGGGAUGGUGGCCGGAGCAGCAGCAGCGGCGGCAUUUUACCCCUAUCUUUCAUAUGGAUCGGAAGGGAAUGGAGGAGCCGCAGCAGGUGCGUAUGGUAGCUCAGGUGUGCCGAGCUAUGCAACUGGUGUCCAAUACCCCCACCAGCAGCAGCAGCAGCAGCUUUUUCAGUAUUCGACCAUGAACUCAAGUGGAGUUGGAGGCUACCAGCACUAUGGUCCUCCCAUUUCUCUUGCGCCCUCGCCCGCCUUGCAGUCACCAGUGUGUUUUGCUGUGCCACAGGCGUAACCGUGGCCCUUCCUGCACCAAUUCCUCAUCGCUAGUUCAUCCGAAAGUGCGUGCGUGCAUGCAUGGCUUCAAUUUAUUUGAAACUCGAUUCCACCCUCAUCGGCUGCAAAUGCUUCUGAGUUUUCAGCAACCUCUGGCCUAACCAUGGUUCACUUCUCCAUCUCUUUCUCUCUCUCGCUGUCUAACACACAAUUAAUUAGCCCAAGCAAUUGGCAUUUGAGCUAAUUAAUUUGCACACAUACAAAGUCUCCCAAAGGGGCUACAUGAAAUCAUUCCAUCUCCACAAUUGGCUGGGGUACGUAGGUACGUGCAUCUCAUGCAUACUCAUGCAUUUCAUUUUCCCCUUGAAGAGUUCCUUUGAAGAGGAACUAAAGCAUCCCUUUAAACACCAACUCAGGCUACUGGGUUUUAGCCAAGUUGGAAAAUAGUUUUCGUUGUUUCCCUUAAAAUUCUUAGCCCUGGAGAGGCUGAGGCAACAAAAGAAAAAUGUUACUUUUGGCCCAGGAAGGCUAAAGAAAUGCAUAAAAUGGCUUGCGAAUAUUGUAAAUUCAAAACAAAUAGCAAGCCCCUCACUUUUGAAAAUUUUCAAUCCAAAAAUGUUUAAUCCCUCAAUCUUCAGCUAAUCAAUCACCUCAAACAAAAAGAGGCGCACA